CCCAUAUGUUAAACAGUUGAUAUACCUUCAGGUUCUCGGGCUUUUGGACAUUAAAAUUAUGAAAACAUUUAGUAAUAAUAAUAGAUACUGAAUCACAUUAUAAUUCUACUAAACUAAUAUAAAGUUUAUUCAAAGAUAUUUUUUAUCGAUUAGUCAGUUGAAAAUAAAUCAUUAUUUAAUGAUGUCAUCUAACGUGAACUCUAGUACAGAUGAUAACACAGAAAUUUUACAACAAAUUGAACGUAUACAAAAUCAUAAAAAUGUUCAAGGCUUAAUCUUAGUAACAGCUGAAGGCAAUCCAACACGUUCAAAUUUGGAUAAUUCAACGUCUAUUCAGUACAGUCGUCACAUGGAAGAGUUAAAAAUGAUAACGGAACAUGUUGUACGUGAUCUUGAUCCCAAAAAUGAACUUGUUGUUCUACGUAUUCGUACAAAACUGAAUGAAAUUAUGGUUUUACCUGGUAAGAAAUUUUUCGCAAGAUAA